AUGGCAGCAGCAAAACAUGCUGUUGGAUGUGGAAUGUCCGUAAAUGCAGCAUCCAUCAAGUACCAGAUCCCACGAAUAACGCUCGCCAGGUGGAUAGUGUCACCACAGAAGAAAAAAGGCCUGGGAUCGAAAAAGUCGGUUUUCUCAGCCGAACAAGAGACGGAGCUGGUUCAACACUUGCUGGAUUUGGAGGCCCGAUUCUAUGGGAUCACUAUGAAGGACGAACAAAAACUGGCGUAUGAGUUAGCUGAGAGGAACGGUAUUCCCCAUCCAUUCAACCACAAGCUGAAGAUGGCCGGUAGGAACUGGCUUGAUGGUUUCCUUCGACACAAUCGAACCCGGAAGCCGGAAGCCACAUCUGCAGAUCGUGCACGGGGCUUUAACAAGGUUUCCGUGGGAGCAUUUUUCGACCUUCUUCGGAGCACGCUGGACAGCCAUCAGUUUCCGCCGGCGCGUAUAUUUAACGCUGAUGAAACCGGAAUAAGCACCGUUCCUCCGAAAAAUCUAAAAAUUGCUGCUAAAAAGGGAAAGAAGCAAGUAGGUUCCUUAACAUCGGCUGAGAGGGGCGUACUGACGACGGUUGUUAUGUGUAUGUCCGCAACCGGACAGCAUGUGCCACCGUACAUGAUUUUCCCCCGUGUGCGCAUGCACGAUGCGCUUAAGAGAGGAGCACCGAAUGGGACAAAGUUCAAUUGUAACCCUUCCGGUUGUAUGACCAGUGAAGUCUUCCUCGAUUGGUUCGACCAUUUCCUGGAGAACGUGAAUCCCACCAAGGAAAACCCUGCACUCCUAAUCAUUGAUGGACACAGCUCCCAUACGAAAAAUCUGGCAUUUGCCGAAAGAGCUCGUGCAAAUUUUGUCACUGUUCUUGUAUUGCCACCACAUUGUAGUAACAAAAUUCAGCCCUUGGACGUGGCGUUCAUGGGGCCUUUCAAAAGUUACUACGCAGCUGCUUCUGAGAAUUUCAUGCGUCAAAACCCUGCAAGGACUAUUGGACUUUACGACGUCUCUGAGCUGAUGGGUACCGCGUUUCUCAAAGCAGCUUCUGGUAGUGUGGCAACGAGCGGCUUUCGUAAAUGUGGCAUUUGGCCAUAUAACAGACAUGUCUUCAGCAACGAUGACUUCGCUCCAUCUGAAGUAACUGAUCAACCAGAAGCCACUGUGAUGCCAAUUCCAAUGGUAGUUGAUGACUCCACUGUGCAGCAAGUACCUCUUCAGGUUUCUACCAAUGUUUCAGUUACUCACUCAGGAAACCAAUAUUGUACUGAUGAGGUUCAAACGGAUGGACCCGAUCCUGCUAGCGUUCAAGUUGGCCCAGUUUCUGAAAUUUCUCCGAACUCAUCGUUCAAUAUUACACCGUCGGAAAUUUUACCUUUGCCGAAGAUGUCAGUUCCCAGAGCAACGAAGCGAAAGCGCAAGUCGGAAAAAGCUGUGGAGAUUACCGGCGACGUCUACCGUCAAAACCUGGCUUCUGCUGAGGCAACAAAAACUAUCAAGUCCAUCAAAAAAGGACGAAAGCCGUCAAAGAAGCGAGCCAAGGGUAAAACAUCGGAUGAACAGUGCGAGGAUACUUUGUGUGAGCUGUGUGGAGAUUGUUUUUCUGAUUCGACCGAUGGUUAUGGCUGGAGGAAAUGCCUAUCGUGUCUUAAUUGGUUCCAUGCUCAAUGUAGCAACGAUGAUGGGUUUCAAUGCCGCAUAUGUAACUGA